AAUUUAGCGCGUGCGCAGAUAGGGCGCUCUUGUACUCAAUUGUGCGCAUGUGCCGCAAUCUAUGACUUCUAUCAAGGAGCAUCCUAGGAGGAGAAAGAUGAGUUCAUGUAACCAUGGAGACCUGGCAUGUUCCUAGAAGGCUAGAUGCUGGGGGAGGCGCAAGAGAAGAUGGACAAACACACAACCUGCACCUCUAAGAGGAAGAAGAUUUCAUCAGAUGAACAAAACCAAAAGAGUCUCCUUGUAAGGAGAUUGGAUUUUGGUCACAAGGAUCUUAAUGAUGGCACUGACGAUAGCACUUCAAAGGAUUCACAGAAAGGAGGCAGACUGCAAAUUGUUCCUUUAAGACAGCAGAUCAAAACAGUCAAAAUUUCCAGGACUAUGAAAAAUGAAACAUUUCUCAAGCAUCCUGAUCUUACUAUGGGCCAAAAAAGAUAUUUAUGCAGCAUUGCCAGAAUCUACAGUACCAGCAACAUGAAAGCCUUGACAGAAAAACAUCUGCAUUCAAAGAUAAGAUGUGGUUCAAAGAAAGCUCAUCUGAAUCUUCCAGCUUCAGGAAAAAGCAAGAAUGAAAUAAAGGAACACUGUAGAAGUGUUCAGACGGAAACUACAAUUACAGAAACUUCAAGGACCAUAGAUGAAAUGCGUGAAAAAAUCACUUGUCUUUCCGUGAAUGAGACCAACUGAAAACACUGCAAAAUAAAUAUUUCAACCACCAUUUUUUCUUCUGUUUUGUUAUUUUGACUUCGUACUAUUUACUUACUACAAUUCACCACCUUCGUAAUAUAUAGUACUGUGAAAAAGUAUUUUCCAUAUUAAACUGUCAUCCAUAUAAAAAAGUUAUGAAUCCCUAAACCUAAUAAAC